AUGGAGAAGAUCGUAUGCUAUCGGCAACGAAGGAAGAAAGAUGUCGCAUCCGACGAUUGCACAUUUGAAGACUUCUUGUCCCAAUGUGACAUCGAGAAGGAACCAAACGUGGACAUCGACCUGCUGCUUAGAGGACUUCCUGCAUGUGUUGUCUCGAAGCCGCGCACGACAAACUUGGAUCAGAUUUCGAAGACCACUAAGGACUUAGCCACACGAUGGAGAAGCCACUAA